AGAAUAUUCAAGAUGUGUGGGUUCCAAUCGAAGGCAAAAAGACCAUUAAAAAAAUUUUACACAAAGGAGUUUGAACUUGGGGACAUGGCCAAUCUACGGCCUAUAAAGAUUAAAGAUCAACAAACCAAUUCACCAACAAACUCUCAAAAGGAAAUACUUACUCAAAAAAAAUUAGACUUGGAGUUGAUGGGAGAUGAAGGGGUUACGGAUGGUGAAGAU